CUGAGGAGAGCGGAGGACCCGUGUGGACCACAGCUUGCUGUAGCAGCGGCUGAGUCGGGGGGGGACAGACACGCACCAGCCGGACACAGACUCUGAAACACACACACCUACCCACAACACACACACGCGCGCCUCUCUCAGCGUUUUCAGCAGCAUCAACGCACACACUUCACUGACGGGGUGGAGGAAACAGCAAACGGGUUGCAGAAAACGCCAACUUUCUUUUCAUUGGCUGCCUUUCACAAACCAAGGAUUUGAACGGCAGGUGGAUGGGGCUUCAAAUAGGUUGAAAUAUCCGUUGAAGACAAACAGCAGCUGAGAAUAAAUCCUCAGAGUGCAGAUUCAGACUUCUUCACACUGUCUACAACCUUCACCUCUGUUGGACCUAGGGGAAAAGGUUUGCACCGUGCCACUGACACACCUGAGCAUGGACAGGAAUAGGAAGUGGGUGCCAGGCUUCGGAGCUGUGCUGCUGACACUCCUAAGUCACAUGACUUCAGCACUUGAAGUGCCUCUUGAUCCUAAAGUACUGGAAGGAUUGCCACAGCCCCCUACUAUAAUAUUACAGUCCCCAAAGGAUUACAUCUUUGAUCCACGCGAGAACAUUGUCAUCCACUGUGAAGCCAAGGGGAAGCCUCAUCCCAGCUUCUCCUGGACAAGAAAUGGGACUCACUUUGAUGUGGAAAAAGACUCCAAAGUUUUAAUGAAGCCCGGUUCAGGAACUCUGGUCAUUGAUAUCAGCAGCGAAAGGGCUGAGGCGUAUGAGGGAACUUACCAAUGCAUAGCUAACAAUGAGCAUGGCACUGCCGUAUCCGACAGCAUUGUCAUCAGGCAGUCCAGGUCCCCCUUAUGGUCAAAGGAGAGAAAUGAGGCCAUCAUGGUGCAGAAGGGGGUCUCCCUUGUGCUGCAAUGUCGACCCCCUGCUGGGCUGCCCCCUCCUGUCAUCUUCUGGAUGGAUAAUAACUUUCAGAAGCUACCACUGGAUAAACGAGUGUCCCAGGCCCUGAAUGGAGACUUGUACUUUUCCAAUGUUCUCCCAGAAGACACCAGGAGUGACUACAUUUGUUACGCUCGCUUUCCUCAUACACAAACCAUCCAGCAGAAACAGCCGAUUUCAGUCACUGUCCUGGACAGCAGCCCAGAGGGCGAGCGUCGUCCUGGUUUUAUGCUGCCUCUCGGCACCACCAGCACCAAGAUGGUUCUGAGAGGGCAGACUCUGGAGCUAGAAUGCAUCGCUGAGGGCUUGCCGACUCCAGAUAUCUCGUGGCAGAAAGAAGGAGGAGAGUUACCAAGCAACAGAGUGUCCUACCACAACUUCAAGAAAACACUGAAGAUUUCUGAUGUGAAUGAAAAUGAUGCUGGCAACUACCGCUGCGUAGCCACAAAUAACUUGGGCACUAUACACCAUACCAUCAAGGUCACUGUCAAAGCUGCUCCUUUCUGGGUCAGCAUUCCCAGGAACCUGAUCCUCGCCCCUAAUGAAACUGGCGUGUUGACUUGUCGAGUCAAUGGAGAACCCAAACCAAGGAUAGACUGGUUUGUCAAUGGAAUUCCCAUAGAGAACACUCCUGAGGACCCCAGCCGCAAGGUGGAAGACGACACUGUGAUUCUCAGCAACGUGCAGUCAGGGUCCAGCGCUGUCUACCAGUGUAAUGCUUCCAAUGAAUUCGGCUACCUCUUGGCGAAUGCUUUUGUCAGUGUUCUUGCUGAACCACCAAGGGUGCUCACUCCACCUAACCAAGUGUACCAGGUCAUCACCAACAGCCCUGCAUUACUACACUGUGCUUCCUUUGGCUCGCCUAUACCAACCAUCACAUGGUUCAAAGACAGUCAGAUCAGCAUUAGGAAUACUGACCCAUAUGUAAUCCAUGAGAAUGGUACGCUGGAAAUAAAUGUAGCCCAGCCGCUAAAUAGCGGAAAGUACACCUGCAUUGCCACAAACAACCUUGGGAUCAAGGAGAACCAUGUCUUUCUGGAGGUUAAAGAGCCCACACGUAUCCUGAAGCAGCCAGAGUACAAGGUGGUGCAGAGAGGAAUGAGCGCUGUCUUUGAGUGUAAAGUCAAGCAUGACCCUUCCCUAAUUCCCACCAUGACCUGGCUCAAAGACAGAGGAGAGUUGCCUGAUGAUGAGAGGUUCGAGGUGGACGCUGAUAGUCUGACCAUCAGAGACGUGACUGAUGAUGAUAAGGGGACUUAUACUUGCAUCAUGAACACCACCCUCGAUCAGGACUCAGCCAGUGCCAUGCUGACUGUUGUCGAGGCGACUCCUACUCCUGCAAUUGUCUACGAGAAACCUGACCCUCCGACUGACCUGGAGCUGACAGACCAAACAGAGAGGAGUGUCCAGCUCACCUGGACCCCAGGAGAUGAAAACAACAGUCCUAUAGAAAAAUUUGUGAUCCAGUAUGGGGAUCUUCUCCACCAGCCAGGAGUUUGGACAAACCUGACAGAGGUUCCUGGUACCAGCACCACAGCACAGCUGCACCUCUCUCCAUACGUCUACUACUCCUUCAGAGUGCUGGCUAAAAAUCGUGUCGGCUAUAGUGAGCCGAGCCAGUCCUCACGUCAAUAUAGGACCAACCCUGCAGCUCCUGAUGAAAACCCGUCAGGUGUUCAGGGAGUAGGAACCGAGCCAGGCAACUUGGUCAUCUCCUGGACACCACUCACAGGACUCCAGUCCAAUGGGCCCGGUCUGGAAUAUAAAGUGCAGUGGAGACAGAAGGAUGUGGAGAAGGAGUGGUCAGCACAGAAUGUGGCCAAUGUAUCCCAGUGGGUUGUGUCUGGAACGCCAACCUAUGUGCCCUAUGAAAUCAAAGUUCAAGCUUUUAACGAUUAUGGUGUUGGGCCUGAACCUGAAGUGGCGAUUGGGUACUCUGGAGAAGACUUGCCUUUGUCUGCUCCAGAGAGUAUACAGGUCAUGGUUCAUAACAGCACACUGGCAGAAGUACACUGGGAGCCCAUAUCACCACCCUCUGUCAGAGGAAAACUACAGGGAUACAAGGUAUACUACAGGCGAAAGCAUGGUUUGCAUGAGACAGAAGAGGAGACUGAUCAGGAAAUGCAAGUGUUGACUUUCAGUGGAAACCGAAGUGAGGGACGAUUGCCAGGCCUCCAGCCUUACAGUGUCUAUAGUCUCUCUAUCAGAGUCCUUAAUAACAAAGGGGAAGGGCCUUCUAGCCAAAGCAAGACAUUUGAGACACCUGAGGGAGUACCAGGGCCUCCUUCUUUUCUCAAUGUAAUCAACCCUGGUUUGGACUCUCUCACUCUGGAAUGGGGCCCACCAAUUAACAACAAUGGACGUCUCACUGGAUACAUUCUGAAAUACCAACCAGUCAACAAUACCAGCGAACUGGGACCAGUCCAGUUCAUGACCUUUCUAGCCAACGAGACCACCAUUACUCUGAGUAACCUGAACUCCAGCAUGCUCUACAAGUUUUACUUAAGCGCAAAGACGAACAAGGGCUCUGGCCCCAUCAUCACAGAGGAGGCUUUCACAGUCAUGCAUACAACUCAUACUCGGCCCACUGUAGAGGCAGGCAAAGGCCCCACAGAGCCCCCUCACCCAACUUCCCCCAUCACUCAGUCUCUGCAUUCCCCGUUUCACAAGGCGCCUCCUGUGGGUCGUGCUUUUGGCACAGUUAACACUUCUGUAUCAGAGGACAGUGCAGUGAUCAGUUGGGAAUACUUUGGACACCAUAAGAAUGUAUAUGUGGAGUAUAUUGUUGAGAACAGUAAAGAGGAGUGGAAAAAGGAGUUUGCAAACGGGUCACACUCACAUACAAUAAAAGGUUUAAAGCCGGGAACUUCCUAUAGGGUGAAAGUGAUAGCUAAAGAUGCAGCCGACCCGACAGUCCACAGCACAGACGAAAUGUUGGUUACAGUGCCAGCUGUAGCCAGCCGGCAGGUAGACAUCGCUACCCAGGGCUGGUUUAUUGGACUCAUGUGUGCCAUCGCUCUCCUCAUCUUGGUACUUCUAAUAGUGUGUUUCAUCAAGAGAAACAAAGGUGGCAAAUAUCCAGUGAAAGAAAAAGAAGACGCUCACCAAGACCCAGAGAUCCAACCCAUGAAGGAGGAUGAUGGGACAUUUGGAGAGUACAGUGACACUGAGGACCACAAGCCGCUGAAGGGUAGCCGGACGCCGUCCAACGGGACGGUGCGGCGUGAUGAGAGCGACGACAGCCUGGUGGAUUACGGUGAAGGUGGGGACGGGCAGUUCAACGAGGACGGCUCCUUCAUCGGCCAGUACAGCGGCAAGAAAGAAAAAGACACGCACGAAGGCAACGAGAGCUCGGAGGCCCCGUCGCCUGUCAACGCCAUGAACUCAUUUGUCUAACAAAGGGCCACGGCCUGGCUGCAACGCUUGCUUCAGCCACUCCCUUGUCACCCUGGCAAAUGUGACCAUCUCUGUGGUGACAGCUGCUAAGGUGACAGUUGUUGUGGACACCUACCUUAACCCCUUGGUGGUUCUCACUCCGGUGGCCAUCGCUAACUGUCACCAAGACUGCUGACACGCCCUCAUCCCCACACCUGCCAGCCCCGGUCACACUGUGACCUCCACUCAUCAAGACGCACUCAACAUGGCAAAGACCGGCUCCACGUCACCCAUAACCAUUGAAAGAAGGUGUGAAAUGAGGGAAGGAGAGAGCAAACAAUACAGAAAAGCAAAAGGAAUGUACCCGAAGGGGUUUUUACCACUCAGACUGAGCACGAAUCUUUUAAGUGUGUUAGUGCCAUUUGAUAUCCUUUGCAAAAUAUACUAGCUAUGAAAUAUCAAAAAAGAUAUAUUUUAGCAAGCUACAGUACGUAACCAGCAGGCAGGCAAAAAAAAAA